UCCUCAAUCCUGUCCGAGGGGUUGGUUAGAACAGAAAGGGACGUUCCAGCCCAUGUUUGGAAAUGUUUACUCUGGGGCGCUAUCUGUCAGACAGAAGCCUCUAGAUUGCACUCCAGAGACCAUCUAGUAGUGUACCGUAAAGUGUCCAUUGGAAUUGAAUCUGGAGGGAGUUCAUUAUACUAACUAACCAUGGCUCAAGCGAAAAUCCACCACGCUAAAAUGACUGAAGCGGCUAAAGGCAAAUUCAGCAGAUCAAUGUCUAUGGCAGAUCGCUCUGGACAACUACUUGAAAGUUUGGACCAGCUGGAAAUAAGGGUGGAGGCUUUACGUGAAGUCGCAACUUCAAUGGAACAGGAGAGAGAGUGCUUACUGGAUUUGAUACAAUCCAUAAAGAACAGUGAAGAAAUGCGCAGCAUUUGUGACGGAGAGCGAGAGGAACUAUCUUUAACUGCUAAUCGUCUUCUGGGUAGGACGCUAACAGUUGAAAUCUCAGUAGAAACCUUAAGGAACUCCACACAGGAGGAUGCGUUACACAAGGCUACCUCUUUGAUUGAUGAGAUUGCAGCAAAGUUGCUUGACGACAUGGAUGGUGCCAGAAAGCUCCUGAUGGCACUGCACGCUGCCUGUGUGACCGAAGCACCACCUGUUCCUAUCGAUACAAAAUUCCAGACGAUCGUCAUCACCUGCGCCUUGGAAGAUCAGAAGAAAAUCAAGAGGCGGCUUGAAAGUCUGAUAAGAAAUGUGUAUAAUGCUGAGAAGAAUAUAAAGAUAAUGGAUCAUCAGAAAGUGGAAGACUUAAACAGUGCCAAUGGCAAAUGAUGGCACUCAUACUGUUUACCCCCCCCCCCUAAUAAAAGUAGGUAGCAAUGCUAACAUUAGCUAGCUAAAAUCCAGUGAUCUCCCCUUAAUCUUAGCUAGCUAGCUAACGUUAUACUGCAUCUAAAAUCAAUCUGGUAACAUCAAAAUGAUGACAAAAGGUUUUACUACUAAUUAUUUUCCUUCUUUAGAAAUGUAAUUGUAUUUCCAAGCCACAGUAAUGCACUUUAGACUAAAUCUUAAUCGACACCCAAUCAGAAGACAUGAGUAGAAUGCUGUAGGGCACCUAAAACGAACGCUCAAAACAAUAUUGAGACGAAACGUGCCACCGAUGAUACGAACACUAAUGUGACAUUCAAACCGUCACUACAAAUUGCAUAUCAAAUUAUUGCACAGUCACAUUUUUCUUUUCUGAAUGUGAAGUUACCCGCACACUGCCUUAUCUAGUUGCAAUAAGCACACAGGCUGUCACUCAUUUAGGCAUUUCAAAAUGCAUCUAAAUUGUUUUUGUUUAAUCAUCUUAGUAUGAUCACUUACAUCUUAAGUGUUAAUCCUUGACAUUGGUAUCUUUGACACAUGUUUUGCUACUCUCAGAUCAUUACAGUAAACCUGGAUUAUAGGUCACAACUUAACUCAAAACAGAAGGUUCAUAUCUUUAUGUAGGGAUGUGUUAGGUACAUAUAUAAUUGUGAACAACCACUCCAGAAAUAGCCAAAGUAACGGUAUCCGUGAGAGCUCUUUGCUGUGGUCACAGACAUCAUUAGAGACAAUGUACUAUGUCAAUACAUCAUAAAUAGGCAUUUCACAUGCAGGUGCAAAGUGAGCAACAUGCACAGCACAUGCAUAUAUGUAAUACUAGGCAGUCAUUUUAGAUGUCCAUUAACACACACAUUUAGGUUUUUCAAAACAAGUCACUGAUGUUUUGAAUAAAUAUGAUUUAUGUAUUCCACUUGCUGAAAGACAUUGUUAUUCUACAAUCUUUGGGGGAUGGUCUCAUUGCAAUGUUUCUACCUGUAAUUCUAACAAACCAAACACAAUUGAAAAGGUGGGUAAAAUAAACAUAUUUUAAGUGUAGCUAAUACGUUCCUAUUUUUUAAUGCUUCAUUUAACAUUUUACAAUAAAACUGUGUACAUUAAGAUUUACUAUCAGCUGUGUAAAAAGAGGAAAUUACAGAAAAUGUUGAAAACAAAUCAAAAUAGAGAUUUUAUUCAUGCUAGAUCACCAAACAGAUUUUAUUUAUGCUAGAUCACCAUCAAACAGAUUUUCAACAAAGCUGCAGGUGCAAGUACUGCAUGUGUGGCACACCUUGAGACACUUAAAUCAAAGUAAUAGAAAUUAACAAACUAGGUGAGAUAUACUCUAACUACUACUUUGUGUCACACAAUUCUGACAAAAUGUAACAUUUAGUUAUGUCUUUAGCCUGGUCCCAGGUAUAUUGUGCUCUUGCCUACUUUAAGCUGACAAACAAUGUUUGGCAUGGCAAUUCCAUAAGGAGUUGGAAAGAGAGCAGAAACAGUCUGGCACUCAGGCUAGGUUAUCUAGAAACAAACCAAGUUCAUGGAAGCAGUAUGUAAUAAAUCAGUAAGCCAUCUGCAAAAUGUAAUAACAUCAAAAUGGAUUACAGUGAUUCUCACAACACCUGAGUGAAAGAGCACUUGACCAUAUAUUAUAAGAAUGGUAACUGAUUUAAUUAUUAAUUCAUUAAAAUGGUCAAUAUAAACAUUGUGUAUUUUCAGGAGACAAACAUCAUUAAAACAUCUCAUUGUUAAAGUGCCUUUAGUCCAUUUGAACAAAAUGGAACAUUUUUACAAAUAGCAACUGUUAAGGGAUGGUGUGUGAUUUACAAUAUUUACUAAGCAGGAGUCCUUAAAUCAAACUAGUUAAACAAAAAUAUGUUUAAAGAUACACAAUGAAUGAGAAUGUAAACAUACAUGGACAAGGCUUUGUGGCAUUAAACUGUGGUUCCAUAUUCAUUCACUUGAAAAAGAAAAAAAAACAAGGCAAGCAUGCAAAUUAUA